GCUGAUAUCUUUUGACAUCACAAAAACGAUUGACUAUAAGCACUGGCAUUUAAACUUGCUAUCUCUCUACUCAAUAUAUUUGGUCGCUUCUAGCCAGGCUUCUGCUUUAUCCUCGGGCCUUCCUUCAAGUAUUAUCCGAAACUAGCCUAGUCUACCAUGCCGGAGAUCUUUCGCUCGCAGAAUAAGCAGCUGCAGCAUCUCGAAUUGCAUCCGCAAUCUGCGCGAAAUCGUGAGCGUGAGCGUAGCGUUCCAUCCCAGGGCGCUGGGUCCAUAUCCCCGCUCACACAACUCCCCAGUCCCAGCCUAGUGGCAGCACGAGCUUAUGCCUCACAAUACCAAAAACCAAUCGGCUGGAAAUUUGACGCGUGCUCGCGGCAUAAUGGCUCAAUUCAAGCACAGCAAACCCCUAGGAGGCACUCUACAAUGGCGACCCUGGCGAAAUGCACACCUUCCUUGGACAAGGCAUCUUCAAGUGUAAUCUCCCCAUCGUCACAGAUGGUUCCAGGGAUUCGACUCACCAAUGAGAAGAUAGGAGAACCUGACACUUGCCCCAUUAUUCGUACCAAAAAUUCAUUGAAUUUCAGCAUGUUCGAUGUUAGGCGGCAUUCCGAAACUCCAGCUUCUUCCACUCCAACACCCUGUGUCCCCUUUCAGUAUACCCAUGACCGCUUGCAGAUCUGGGGUCACGUUUAUUUUGGAAAUGUUGUCUCCGCUGAUGCUUUCGUUAAUGCAGUCAGUCUAAGGCGACCAAGCUUUGGAAUUACUAAAGAAAAGGAUGUGCAUGAGCCUAUCAAAGUGUCGGAUCAGGUGACUAUACGUGCUAGAGUAUUACCUAGAGAAAUUGAACGACAACCUUUUUGGAUUCAAAGAGAAAUUGAUAUUCGACAAUUGCGAGACAGCAUACCAAUACCUCAGUCCAAUCAAGAUCAUCCAAGGGAUUCCACAAUCGUCAGAAGGUCUAGCAGGCUUCGACGGUUAUCUUUGCAGCAAGUUUCCAUUCCAGAUCGACGCGGGACGCACCGUAUUAGACGGCAGAUCAAUUCAAAUCACGUGGUAGUGCCGAUCCACAUAGAAUAUGCUUUACAUUAUCUCCCAGUAUUGGCUGCUCUGAUGCUUUCGGGGCAUAUUCGUAAUGGCGAUUUCAUUGAUCUUCCUUUACCCAGCCCGGAAGCAUGGGUGGAUACAAUCGCCUAUGUUUAUACCGGCCAAGGGGAGAUCACGCCGGCUAUGAAGGAAAACAUUUCAUUCCUAGCUGGUCGGGUAGAGAGCGAAGGCUGAUACUUUCACGCGGGUCUUUUAAACCAGGGGAGAACGGGACCACGAUCCGAUCGGACACAGCCUACGAUUGUAAUAUCUCAAACGAAACAUUAAGGGAUACAUGUCGGGAUUUCAUGCAUGGCUGCGUGGGUUUGUUCUAGGCCACGUGGUGCACUGGUGCGGCAACUUUAAAGAUAUCACGCUGUGCAUUUGAUGGAGGAAGCUUAGUGACGACACUUCCGUUCAGGGUCUACUAUUUCUUACUAAAAUGCGACAGUAAGCACUCUAUUGCGAUCCACGGUACUCUGUACUUGAAACAGGAUAAAGUCAAAUCCUUGAGUGCUACUCAUACCUGAUCUUUCAAAGCCUCAUCGGGCAAUCAUUGGUCUUGAUUAUCGACGGAGGGGAUUUCAUUUACUCCGUAACAUGAUUGAACAACUAGGACCGAGAUUCCAUGCGCGGCCAUUUUCAUAUGUCGCAUGAAUGAAAUACAUGACGCUAUUGACGGCCAAGGUACAUAAAUAUGAGCAAGGAUGAUUAAAAUCUCAAUUUUUGACCAUUGACCGAGAAAGGCGCGAUAAGGAAAGAAUUCAGGGUUUUUGGCUCGCAGUGUUGAGUCAUGAAGCCGUGCAUCGGUAAAUUCACAUAUUGUUCGGCUAGAUAAUUGUACUUGAUUGACCGAAGAGCCGAUGGCUCUCUUAGCAGGUCUUGUCUUUCCAAUGACUUAAUUCAAUCUUCAAAGACCUCGUAUGUUCUA